AUGGUGAUGUUAAAAAAGGGGGAUCACUUCUGGAUUGACUCCAGUAUUGGGGUCCCUAUUGGAGGGUAUGUGAAGGUCUCAGCCAGUGGACAGUGUUGCCUGAUUGAUGAUGAAGGGAAGGAGUGCAAUAUCCCGGAGGGGGAGAAGGCCAGUCUGAAGCUUAUGCACCCCACCUCAGUGGAGGGUGUGGAUGACAUGAUCCGACUGGGGGACCUCAGUGAAGCCGGUUUACUCAGAAACCUGCUGGUGCGCCACAAACAGGGCAGUAUAUAUACCUAUAUUGGCUCUGUCCUGGUGGCCAUGAAUCCCUAUCAGAUGCUGCCCAUCUACACGGCGGAGCAGGUGGACCUGUAUCACGGGCGUAAGCUGGGCGAGCUCCCACCGCACAUCUUUGCUAUCGCUGACAGUUGUUACUACAACAUGCGCCGCAACAAACGCAACCAGUGCUGCAUUAUCAGUGGAGAAUCUGGUGCAGGGAAGACAGAAAGCACUAAACUGAUUCUUCAGUUCCUGGCUGCUGUGAGCGGGCAGCACUCCUGGAUAGAGCAGCAGAUCAUCCAGGCCAACCCUGUCCUGGAGGCCUUUGGGAACGCCAAAACCAUUCGGAAUGAUAACUCCAGCCGCUUUGGGAAAUAUGUGGAGGUCUUCUUCAAUAAAGAAGGCGAUAUAGAGGGAGCUCACAUGGAGCAGUACCUGCUGGAGAAGUCUCGUGUCUGUCAUCAGGCACCUCAGGAAAGGAACUACCACAUUUUUUAUUGUAUGUUAUCUGGGAUGCAAAGUGACCAUAAGAAGACUCUCUCUCUUGGUGAUGCAUCACAGUUCAAGUACCUGACUGAGGGUGAUUGUUUGACUUGUGAUGGUCGGGACGAUAAUGAUGAGUUCGGACGGAUUCAUUCUGCUCUAAAGAUCCUCACUUUCUCAGACAGGGACUGCUGGGAAAUCUUCAAAUUACUCGCUACCAUUCUCCACAUGGGCAAUAUUGACUUUCAGAGCACUAUAAUGAAUAACAUGGACAGCUGUGACGUCAUGUCCUCCAAUAAUUUCUCUGUCACUGCCAAGUUGCUGGAGGUGGAUGAUGCUGUUCUCGAAAAGAGUCUUACCCAUCGCUCCUUCAUGACAAACAGAGAGAUAGUCAUGAAACCCCUCAGCUCAGAGCAGGCCACAGACACCAGAGAUGCUUUUGCCAAGGCCAUGUACGGAAGGCUGUUUGUUUGGAUUUUCACAAAAAUAAACAGCGCCAUUCACAAACCCCAGACGGAUGAGCCAAAUUACACGCGCAAGUCCACUGGUCUGCUUGACAUUUUUGGCUUUGAGAAUUUCCCUCAGAACAGUUUUGAGCAGCUGUGCAUUAAUUAUGCCAAUGAGCACCUGCAGCAGUUCUUUGUGGGGCACAUCUUCAAGCUGGAGCAGGAUGAGUACAGUAAAGAAGAAAUCUCAUGGAAGCGCAUUGCUUUCAGUGACAACCAGAAAACCCUUGACCUGCUGGCUGUUAAACCUCUCAACAUACUGGCUCUGAUUGAUGAGGAGAGCACCUUUCCUAAGGGAACAGAUGCCACAAUGUUAAACAAAAUGAACAAAGAACAUAACGGAAACAAACUGUACAUGUCAUCCAAGAGCAACCAUGGCAUGCAAUUUGGGGUUAAGCACUUUGCUGGGACGGUUUAUUAUGACUGUGAAGGAUUUUUGGAGAAGAACAGAGACUCCCUGAGCGUGGACAUCAUGGAGCUGGUUCAGAAAUCUUCCAACAAGUUGCUCAAACAGAUCUUUGAAAAGGAGACGAAUAAAAACUCAGUCAAGGACAAUAACAAAAUCAACAAAAUCCUCAUGACGCCAAAGAACUCACUACGACAAGUAAAUGAUUCAAGGCGGCAGAUAUCUACUCUGAGUGGCCAGUUCCGUCAGUCCCUGGAUUCUCUGAUGAAGGCCCUGUCUCUCUGUCAGCCCUUCUUCAUACGUUGCUUCAAACCAAAUGACAAAAAGAUGCCCAUGGUUUUUAAUAGAGAGCUCUGCAUGCAGCAGCUUCGCUACUCUGGAAUGCUGGAGACCAUUAAAAUACGCAAGUCGGGAUAUCCCAUCCGGCACACCUUCAAAGACUUCCUGCAGCGCUACCGUGUGCUCCUGAAGACUGUGCACUGUGACCCAAACACUGAGCCUGCUGCAAACUGCUGUGCAGCCAUCUGCAGGGCUAUGAUCAAAGACGAAGAGGACUGGAAGAUUGGCAAAACCAAAGUCUUUCUCAGGGAUCAUCAUGACUCCUUCCUAGAACUGGAGAGAGAGCAAGAGCUUUACAGCAAGGCACUUAUCAUCCAAAGAGUAAUGCUUGCCCAUAAGGACAGAGCAAAUUUUGUAAAGAAGAGGAGGGCAGCUCUGGUUUUGCAGAAAAACUGGCGUGGCCACAGAGACAGAAGAGACUUUUGCAAACUCAAGCAAGGAUUUGCUCGGCUGCAGGCAAAAGUGCGCAGUCGGCAGCUCCAUACGGAGUAUAUGCGCAGACGGGCUGCAGCCAUCACUCUGCAAACACAGACCCGUGGCUACCUCGCGAGGAAAGACCUGAAACGCAAAAAGGAUGCAGUGAUACUGCUGCAGGCACAGACCAGAGGACUGCUGGCCAGGAAGACCCUCAAGAGAAUGAAAACAGAUGCAUUUUUGACUGCACAAGAAAAAGAGGCUCAGGAACGUACAGCACUAGCGCUUCAGCAACACCUAGAGGAGCUGCUCAGAAAAAACGAGGAAGCUGGCAAAUCCCAGGAUAAGGAUGAUGAGGAAAUGGUGGAGAAUAUCUUUGGCUUCCUUCCAAGUGCAAUAGUAGGACAAGAGGGCCCAGCUCCUGAGGGGUUUGAGGAUUUGGAGGCCGAGCCGGUGAAGUUAGAAGAGGUUGAAUUAGUAGAGAGCCCUGUAAGGGAGAGGAAGAAAGAGAAGGAGAAGGAGAACGAUGAGUUCUCUUUCUCUAAAUUUGCUUCUUUACACUUCCAAGGAUCAUCUACUCUCUCACAUAUCCAACAGAGAUUACGACAGCCCCUGCUCUACCAUGAAGAUGAAGGGGAUGCCCUGGCUUGUUUGACAGUAUGGUGGAUCAUACUGAGGUUUAUGGGAGAUCUUCCAGAGCCGAAGCAAGAACGUGUUUCUGCUAUACCUGACCCCAUUCAGAUGAACCUUGGUGAGAGACAAGCACGGCGACUCAGUAACCUUGUUGGAUUAGAUCAGAAAUUUUUGAGAAAAAAAAUUAAGCAACAGAAGGGGACAGGGAAGAAAAAACACUCAGCCAUUCCUGAAGAAGAGCCAGAAGAAGAACCACAACCUAAAAUGCAGGCUGUUCAGGAGGAAGAGGAUGUGCUGUUUGGAGAGAGAGCAACUUAUGAUCGUCCAAUGACACCACUGGAGAAAUUGCAUAUUAUUGUAGGAUAUGCUAUCGUACGACAAGAUAUAAGAGAUGAAAUCUACUGUCAGAUCCUUAAGCAGUUAACAGCCAAUAAGAACCCCAAAAGUACAAACAGAGGCUGGGUUCUUUUGUCCAUCUGUCUGGGUAUUUUCCCCCCGACGGAUCGCCUCAGUAAGUACCUGCAGAGCUUCAUAUGUUAUGGGCCAAGUGAGUACUCCUCCUACUGUUCAGAGCGACUGCGGAGGACUUUAGCCAAUGGAGAAAGAAGUGAGCCACCAUGCUGGGUUGAACUACAGUCUGUAGAGAACAAGAAGCCCAUUACAGUAGUUGUGAGUCUGAUGGACGGCAAAAGCAUCACUUUCACUGUGGAUUCAGCCAGCACUUCUGCAGAGGUGUGCAAUUCGAUUAUCCAGAAAAUAAACCUGCAGGACACUUACGGCUUCUCCCUGUAUGUUGCAAUGUAUGAGAAGAUUUGGUCUCUUGGCAGUGGCAGUCAGCACGUCUUGGACACCGUGUCUAUUUGUGAGCAGGAUGAAAAGAGGCAGGGGAGAGAGGAACAACAUGCUCCUUGGCGUUUCUACUUCCGCAAAGAGAUCUUCACUCCAUGGCACGACUGUUCAUCUGACCAAGUCAGCACAGAGCUCAUCUAUAGGCAGAUCAUCCACGGACUCAAAAGUGGUGAUUAUCAGUCUGAUAAGGAGGAUGAUUAUGUGCAGCUCGCGGCCAAACAUUACUAUGUACAGCAUGGCUCUGAAAGCAGUAUGGAAACCGCAGAGAAGAUUGUUCGUGAGUGCAUGAACAUGACUUUAAUUGAGAGCAAGUCUGUGGUCAAGCUAAUGCAGAUGAUUCAUUCUGCACACACACAGGGUCCUUACAUAAACUCUACUAAACCUGCCUAUGAAGUGAAAGCGGAAACUGUUGAAUAUGCACGGGAGAAGUGGCCAAUUUAUUUCUCCAAGUUCUAUGAGGCUCAAAUUGUUUCAGGUCCCUCAGUGCCUCAAGACCAGUUUGUAGUUGUUGUGAACUGGAAGGGAGUCUUCUUUCAGGAUGUGACAGAAGCCGCAUUUCUACAGCUCUCUUAUCCUGAGGUGUCAAGUAUUGAGAUGAGUGAGGAAAAGUCUGGUGGGAUUGUGUGCUUGAUGACUCCAAAGGGGAUGUAUGAGCUGAAGGCUGUGAAGGGAAGAGAAUUAGUGGAGUUGGUCAGCAUGUUCAUCUCAGGGCUUAAGAAGAGAUCAGUGUAUGCUGUGGCAAUACAGGACCUUAGCAGACAAGGGGAUCCCACAUUGCUGAGCUACAGAAGGGGUGAUGUACUGUUUAUCAUAAAGGAUGGGGAGUAUUCUUCUGAAGGCUGGAUCAAAGCAAGGAAUGAGAGGACAAAUCAAAUCGGAGCAGUUUCCUUAGAUGCCAUUCGGAUUUUGCCGAUGUUGACCAGGCCUACAGAAGAAACACUGAAUUUGCUGAAUUUGACCCCAGCGCGAAGAAAGUCAGUGAUGCCGGUGUUGCCACAGAAGGAGGAGCUCAGCACAGAGAAAGUUGCAGUUGUGACGCUCAAGGAGUUCUCUUUUGAUUAUUUCAGGGAGUCAAAAGAAGGUGGCCGUGGCAAAGGAGGGGCCAAAGAGAAACUGUGGGCCAACAGCAAAGAGCCUCUAAAACAGCCGCUGCUCAGGAGCCUGCAGGGCAACUCUGAGCUCUGCCACCUCGCUUCUGACUGCUUCACAGCUAUCCUUAAAUAUAUGGGAGAUUAUCCAGUCAAGCAUGUGCGGACACCCAUUGAUUUAACAAACCAGAUCUUUGGGCCAGCAACAGCACACGUGGAACUAAGAGAUGAGAUCUACUGCCAAAUAAUGAAGCAGAUGACUAAUAACAGCCAUGGGUUGAGUAUGGAGCGAGGUUGGCAGCUUUUGUGGCUGUGUUGUGGUCUCUUUCCACCAAGUCAGUUGCUACUGAGAUAUGCUCAACGUUUUCUGGAGUCCAGACCCAGAGAGCCUCUGGCCUCCACCUGCCUGCAGAGGAUGCAAGCUAUGCUCAGUAUCGAGGAAAGGAAGUUGCCUCCUCACCAGGUGGAAGUGGACGCCAUUCAGAAUAACAGCACUCAGAUCUUCCAUAAAGUUCAUUUUCCCAACGAUACAUCUGAAAUAUUUGAGGUGACUACCACCACGAGGAUAAAAGACUUAUGCCGCAACAUUGCCAAAGAGCUCCGGCUCUCCUCAUCAGAUGGAUACAGUCUGUUUGUUAAAACAUCCACGAAGGUAGUAAGUAUGGAUUCUAAAGAGUACUUUUUUGACAACCUCAGGCAACUCACAGAUGUCGUCAAGAAAGGAAAAAAAGUCAAGGAGGCUGCUCCAGCUAUUGUCCCUUACCUGGUGCUCUUCAUGAGGAAGCUCUGGUUUAAUGUGAUCUCAGGAAAAGACCUAACUGCUGACCUAACCUUCCACUUUCCCCAGGAAUUGCCGAAAUAUUUGCGGGGUUACCAUAGUGUAUCUAAAGAGGACAUGAUCAGUCUGGCAGGACUGCUGUUCCGUAUUCAGGUUGAUACGGAUAAAUCACAGUUUGUCAUGAUCCCUAGAAUGCUGAAAGAUCUGGUACCAGCUGAUCAGCAGAGGAUCAUGACUGCUGAUGACUUGAAAAAGCACAUUAUCAACGCGUACAACAAGCAGGCAGGCAUAACUGUAGAUGAAGCCAAACUCCAGUUCCUGAAGACGAUCUCACAGUGGCCUACCUUCGGAUGUGUUUUCUUCGAAGUAAAGCAAACCUCAGAGAAGAGUUACCCCAGUGUUAUUACGCUAUCAGUCAGCAAGCAAGGAGUUAGUAUCAUCAACCCUAAGACAAAGGAGGUGCUUGCGAUGCAUCUGUUCAGUAAGAUCACUUCCUGGUCUAGCGGAAACACCUAUUUUCACUUGACCAUCGGCAGCCUGGUGCAGGGCAACACUCUGCUCUGUGAGACUUCUAUGGGUUAUAGAAUAAGUGAUCUCCUGUCCUCUUACAAGGACAUGUAUCUGAAUGAGAUACCAAAAGUGCGGAAAUCGAGGAGGAUCAAAAUGUAG